AUGGAUAAUAAAGAAGACGUAAGCGGUCUCGUCUCAGAACUUUCAGAUCUUGAAGUUGCGCUUCUACUAUCUCUUGCUGUUCAUGAACAUUGUCUCAUUGAGACAACAAACGACUGCAUCCAUGACGUUGCGAAAGAACUGGCCCUGAUAUGCUCGAGUGUCUUCGGUCGCACUUGUAAAAUUCUCGAAUGCUCGUCGGCUACGUCUUUGGAGGAUUUUUACUCUGAAGUCCUGGUGCCGGAUGUAUCCAAGGCGAAUGCGCCCUACUCGCGCCCACGUAAGGGGGCUGAAUCUUUGUCAACCCAUCACAAUACCACGGAGCCAAGAGAUCGUACGAGGUCUCCUGGUUUCCGUAAUGUAUUCGGGGACAAGAAAGUCGCGGACGUCGUUAUUGCCAAGAACUUCAAUCACGUUGACGGGGUUAUACAACUUCAUGCUUUGGAGUUGAUGCGCUCCAAACGACUGAGCUCGAGUCAUGGCCCAAUUGAAGCUCCGCCUGACUUUCUCUUCGUACCUCUUGUAGUGCGUAGCGCGGACCAGCUGAACCCUCGCUUGAAUCAGCACCUGAAUGACCAUCUCAUUCUCUCUCACUUUCAUGAUCCUACGGACGGCUAUGUUCACCUAGAAGAAAAUACAGACUGGCUCUCAGAUGGACAGUUGUCAGCCUCAUCUAUGGUCCGUAAAUCGGACGCUCAACUAAAGAAUCAGAGUCUAGCAGUUGACCAAAAAUUGCUGGAACAAAUACAACAGCUAAGCACCUCGGUCUCAGUGGGCGCAGACAUAAUACGGUAUCAGCAAGAUAUUGUUGUAUUCUUGCGACUAAGCCGCGCUGUUGCCGGGGGCAUCACAGCACGAUCAAACAUGCAAUUUACAAAACUCUCCAAACUACUCGCAACAUUACACGGGAUUGACUAUUUGACUCCCUCGAUUGUGGUCUUGGCGGCAAGGAAAGCCUUCCGCCAUCGGAUUGUCUUAGCAGAACCUGAAGAUGAUAGAAGUUUGCAAUACGGGAGCGACAUACAGGCUGUGACUAAAGUCCUUGCUCAGGCCAGUCCGGAUUCCAUACUGGAUGGUGUUCUUGCACUGGAGCCUCCGUUAUGA